AUGGUGACUGUCAAUGAAGUCAAUACAAAAUUUGAAGCCUUUCAGCUAGAAGCUGAAGCAGGCAAAAGAGCUGCGGAUGAAAAGUUGGAUAAUAUUGAAGGAAAAUUUGAUUCCAAGCUUGCAGCAAUAGAGGAGUCAAUAAAAAAGGCUUUCGAAAAUUGUGUUGUAGCUACCCAGAAUACUCAACGAGCUGCAUUGCCAAUCCAAAGAAGGGAGCAAAUCGACCCACAAGACACUACUAGUGAUAUUACAAAGAAAGUAAAGGUUGAUGUUCUUGAUUUCAAAGGAAAGGUAGAUCCUACACUAUUCAAUGAUUGGAUUAGUUCUAUGGAAACCUCCUUUAAUUGA